AUGACAAAAGGACGAGAGCUCCCAACUGAUCUAACUUCCGAGAUCCAGCGCAUGAUGGUCAAGGACAUGCAUGACUUUAGGAUUACAAAAGUGAAUUGUUAUGAUCCUGUCACCUAUGAGUCAAGGGACUUCUGGGAAUCGCGCAAGGAGUAUAAGGCAUUCAGCUUCCCUGUAUUCUUGGCAAACGUUGAAAACGUGGCAAGAAAUGUCAGGUCUCAUCUGAGGAAAUCCGAGGAAGCCAGCGCAAAGAGAGCUGCAAAGGAAUCGAAAAAGAAAAGGAAAGAAGAAGAAAAGAAAACAAAAGAGAAGGGUGGGGCUGACGAGAAGGCCACAGAUACGCUGGAAGAGAUGAUGCAAGGUCUUGUCUUUGAGCAACCCACACAAAAACUUACUGACACGUUCGUUGAGGCAUACCCAUGUGGCGAUCGUGUGCUAGUUGUGGUUGAGUUAUUCGGAGACGUGAAGGCAGAGGAAGCAAACGCCUUUGAUUUUUCUCCGGCAGGAGACAAGAUUGUUCAUUGGACCCGCACUCCUUCUGUGUGGACAGACGAACAAAAGCUUAUUGGGGCUUUGGGCUCGACAAUUGCCGAUGCGGAUACAAUAAUCCUUGGGAACGCAAUAAAGAAACGGUUGAAGGACUCGCCCAAACCGAGCAAAGAUGGCUUUUUGUGGAUCCCAAUGGAGAUCAUCAAUCUCCCAUUCUGUUGCGAACCCAUGCUUUUCGACAAAAGUGGUCAGUCAAUCGACUCUUAUCUUGCUCAAGGCAAUGAAAAGGGAUUUAGAUGGGGUUAUUUUUGGCUUGUUCGCGAGGGUUGUAAUCCUGAGUCAGCAAAGAAGUUGGUCUUUACUUGUCAUGAUGAAGAAGAAGACGACAAUGAUGAGGCAUCACAUUGCCUGACUGGCAAUUAUGAUGCCGAUGACAUUUCGGAGGCUACAGAAGCAUGCGCUGAGGAAGAACAGAUGGACAAGGAUGGCGACGAAAGUGUCGACGAAAGUGUCAUGAUGGAUUGUGAACAAUCAACAAAAGGCAGCAAUUCUCCAGCUGAAGAAGGUCGUAGUGACUUGAGUGUGAUGAGAGGCAUGUGGAGUAAAGAAAUAGAUCUCAGGGAGAAAGCAGAACAGAAGAGAAAGGCCGCAUUGGAUGCCCAGCAUAUGGCAGAAGAUAGAGCCAAGACUGCCAACGAAAAGGCAAAAACUGCAAAAGAGGCGGCUCGAAAGACCAAAGAAGAUGCUCAGAAGGCCGUCAAGGAGGCCGACGAAAGAGCUACGAGAGCCGCAGCAGCCGAAAAAGAACGUUUUCAGCAGGCGGCAGAAGAGGAAAAGCAACGAAUCCAAAGCGAAGCUCGUCAGCGUUUUGAGAAGGAGGCAGCACUGGAAAAACAGCGAAUCCAUGAAGAAGCUCGUCAACACCUUGAGCAGGUCGCAGCAGAGGAAAAACAGCGACUCGAAGAAGAUGCUCGGCGACGUUUUGAGAAGGCCGCAGCAGAAGAAAAACAACGGCUCCAAGAAGAAGCUCGACAACGUUUUGAGAAGGCCACAGCAGAAGAAAAACAACGACUCCAUAAAGAAGCUCACUUGGAAAAGGAAGAGUUACGCACAGAAGCAGACCAAGCAAAAGAGAGAGAAUCAGAACAAAGGGAUGAAUAUCAAUCAGCAAUUGCGCCCCGCCGCAGCGGACAGAAAAGUCGCCUGUCAAUUGAUUCAUAUGUUUCUGUGGAUGCAGAACGUCCAGCAAAGCGGAUGAGAGUCGUAGAUCCGAAAGCAACACGGAAAUCAAUGAGACGAAUUUUGAAAGCCAAACGGUCGGCAUCGAAUGAAGUGGACCAAUACAUCGAAGCAAAUCCUGCACAAGAACAGGAAGGCAACAAUUAG